AUGAAUUUUCGAACGUUGAAGUCGAAAUCAAAAGUAGCAGAACAUAAAUCAACUGGUAUUCAUUUAGAAAGAUUAUCUGAGAUACUGAGUGAUGAUCAACGAAAUUCUCAGUUCGAAAAAUUACAAAAUGAGAUCAAACAUAAAGAACAAACGUUAGAUUUGUUUAUCAAACAUGUUUCGAUUACUCUCAAUGCAAAUAUCGAUGAUAUGAGAUCAUUACUAGACAAAAAAACACCGACGUACAAAGCCUAUACACACGCCAUCUGUGGACUUUGGCUACAACUGAAAACCAUAGAAGACAUGGAAUCAUUACCGUUAGUCAUCUUCCUACGUACAUGUCAAUUACAACGAGCAGAAAUGAAAUUUCAAGAUAAUAGUGAUGAUUCGACUGAGAAUGCACAAGAAUUUCUAAUCAAUCGUCGACGUUCUCGUCUAACGCAUUUUCAUAUAUGUACAGGCUCCGAUGGAUUCAAUACGAACAUCGAUUCUUACGUUGGAUUACUUGUAUUUUCCUACGAUAAUCAAUCAAAGUUCAUCCUGAAUGGACAUCAUUGUCAACGAGGUGAUAUUGUCAUCAAACAAAUGCAGAACCUUCAUCAUGUAUCUUCACGAGGAGUGUAUGAUGCUUUAUUCAAAUGGUAUUUCAAUCGUUCACUUGACGAGAAGUUUUUUGGGAUAGGUUUCUUGUAUUCAAAUAGAAAAUGGCGUUUUGAUGUACUUUCACACGAUCGAAAAGAUAUUCUACCGUUUGAAUAUCGAAUAUUCGAUAUGUAUCUAUUAACACAAUGGUUAACACAUGACAAUUUACCACAUAAUGUUCAAGAAAUGGAACUAGAUGCAAAAGGAUUAUUGAUGAAGCAAUUUGAGAUUGUCAAGAAUAAAUUAAAUGAUGAACAAAAUAUAGGUUUAAGUGAGAGUUGGAAUGAAUUUAUCGGUAGUGACGUAAAAGAUUUACAUAUGGCAAUGAAAUUAUUUCUUCAAACUACGGAAAAACAAAUUGAGACGAUUUUUAAACAAACAGAAGAAAGAAAACCAAGAGAUUCAGAUCAAUUGGCCAACGAAUUGCACAAAUGA